UGGCGUGGUAUUAAAUUCUAAUUAGAGAUGCAGGGGAUCAAUGAUAGGGAGGUUGGACAGCCCGGGCCCCCAGUGCCAGCCCAAUAGACUGAUGAGUUAUUGUCAUGUAAAAAAGCGCUAGCAAUAAGACCAAACGCUUUGCUAUUGUCCAAGCGGAAAGAGCCAAGUUUAUUAUGAGGACUAUAUGCUCUAGAGACCUCGGGCUAGGCGGCUCUUAGGGGGCUUUUCAUAAAACAGGGCUAGGUUCGUAUAAAGGAGGCCAGUUUUGGAGCAGGCGCUGAGCAGUGAACAUCUACUCACCGUCCAGCCUUCUUCUAAGCAGUCCAAACCAAACAAGUCAUCAAACUCAGACCGCGCGUCUUCCUCAUUUUGAUUUUUUUAUUUGUUUUUUUCAUUUCAGACCCAUUUUUGGGUGCUUCUGUUUGACUUUUUUUUCCCAGGGAAGUGCAGCUUUCAAUCUCAACCGAGCCUUCUCAAAUGUAUAAAAUGGAGUAUUCUUACCUAAAUUCCUCUGCCUACGAGUCAUGUAUGGCCGGGAUGGACACGUCGAGCUUGGCAUCGGCCUACGCGGACUUCAGUUCGUGCAGUCAGACGAGCGGCUUCCAGUAUAAUCCCAUCAGGACCACUUUCGGGGCUACCUCCGGCUGUCCUUCCCUAACGCCGGGGUCCUGCAGUCUGGGGACCCUGCGGGAUCACCAGAGCAGCCCGUAUGCCGCAGUUCCCUACAAACUAUUCACCGAUCAUGGUGGGCUGAACGAAAAGAGGAAGCAGAGGCGCAUCCGGACUACGUUCACCAGCGCGCAGCUAAAGGAGCUGGAGCGGGUUUUUGCAGAGACUCACUACCCGGACAUCUACACCAGAGAGGAGCUGGCACUCAAGAUCGAUCUGACUGAAGCCAGAGUGCAGGUGUGGUUCCAAAAUCGUCGCGCGAAAUUCCGCAAGCAGGAGCGCGCAGCUGCAGCUGCCGCAGCGGCUGCCAAGUCCAGUUCCGGGAAGAAGUCCGACUCCAGAGACGAAGACAGUAAAGACACCAAAACCACCGACCCAGACAGCACGGGAGGACCGGGGCCGAACCCGGUUCCCACUUCCAACUGCGGCGGACCGAGCCCCACCGCAGGCCAGGUCAAUACCACCGGGAACGGACAGGUGGACCAAGUGAAGACCUCCGUAUCCACUGGCAUGGGAGUGACGGCACCGAGCCAAGGCUGGGCCGCCGCACCCGGGACCAUCACAUCCAUCCCGGACUCGUUGGGCGGGCCCUUCGCCAGCGUACUGUCGUCUUUGCAAAGACAGAACGGAGCUAAAGCGACACUAGUAAAGACCAGCAUGUUCUAAUGAAGCUUAGAAAACCCGAGCAGAGUUCUCUGGAGACUGAAAAGCAAUCGCCCAACACAGACUGGAGGACAAUAAAAAGCAGAUAGAAAAAAAAACACAGAUGAAUAUGGUUAUUUUAUUUUUACCUCGCGCUUUUCCUUGUGGUCAACAUUUUUCCUGUAAAAUAUCCAUCUUGACAAGUCACACUUUCACAUUGAGACUAAAGCAAGUUGGGUGAACUGCUACCACCUUCUAGUCAAGUCUCAGAGCUAUUUACCUACGAAACAACGAAAUGGGCAAUUUACUCUCACUUAAAAUAUAGAACGGCGUCAUACCUCACUUUAAUUUAGUUUUAGAAAAAAAAAGAUGUUGGAGUAAAUGACUUGAUCAGAUGUUUAUUUUUGUUCUCACUGUGGGGAAAAAACGAAGGUUGGCACACUGGAAACGCGCAGUGCCAUCAGAAAACAAAGGAGCCUCGUUAAAUCCCAUUCAGUCAGAGUUCAACAGCUGCUUUUGUUGGGUACAGAGGCGCCUGAUAUGACUGAGGACAACCAUCCACCGACGCGCUUUUUUCCUUCCCUCUAUACACAGCCAGCUGUGUGGAAACUGCGGUAUUUUUUGUUUCUUAGGGCUGCAGAGAGUUUAGUUUCUUUAAAUUGUCGCUACAAACACACUUAUUUCCUCGAUAUUAAAAAAGGCACAAACUACUGCAAUGUUCACCUCAGACAGGAAAUCUGUAUGUUUUGUGUGUCUUUCUACGGCAGUGUUUUGUGGCUCAAACUGUAUAGUGUUAUUACGUAUUCUUGUCUCUUAUAGUUGAACCAUAGGCCAUAUUCCCUCGUAGAUCGACCAUACAAGUCUUUUUGAUGUUUUACUAAAAUUCCCUCGGAAGAAUUUAUUUUAGGUAUUAAAAAGGGGGGAUGGAUGCAGACAUUGUAUUUAUUUCUAUAUAAUUUGCAUGUUGUCUUUUUGUCUGGUUUCAAAUGAUUUUUCUCCCAUUUUGUGAGCAUUAUGUAACAUGUUUUUGUCCAGGAUCUGAAAGUUAUUUAUAUGUAGGUAAUGAAUGCUUAUAUUUAAGAAGGAAAUAUUUCUACAUGUGCACAUAGUUUUCAAGGUGUACCAUUGAAAUGAUUGUUGAUGAUAAAAAAAAUAAUAGUUCAAACUUGCUUUUGUCAUUUUUUAAAGAAGUUCAAGAAGCAACCAUUAUUCUUCACGUCUAUACAGAUUAACUGGGAUUGUAAAUCUCAUCGCGGUGGUUUAAAAAGGCCGCCGAUUUCAGCACCACGGACAGUUCCGGCGCGGUUUAAAACUCAUUUAGGCCCCAUAGAUUCUUUAAUAAUAACCAAACAACCACAUCUUUACUCCCCCAAAACAAAUAAAACAGCAUAUGGUUUUCACUUGACAAAACAUUACAGCGGUUCUGUUUCAUCAGCUUUGAAGUUUUAACACAUCAAAGAGUAGAUCAAU